ACAGAAACUAAUUAACGAACGCGCGUUUAAUUAUCAUUUUCAACUUAAACGAGAGCCGGACCGAAAUUUUCGCAAUCAUAAUCUGUCACGAUCCGGCCGCGGACUGCUGCGACCACCAUAACACAAAAAAAAAAAAACAAAAAAAAAAAAGAAGAAGAAGCAGCAAAAGAAGAAGAAGAAGUACUGAAAGUUCGCUCUUAUCUCGCUCAUUUUUGGGUUAAAUCGCGAAAUUUAGUGUUACGGGUCGAGUUGAUAAGCGCGGAUUAUCAGUCCGGCCUGAAAGUUCUCUUUUUUUUGUUCCUCUCUCUCUCAUCAGUUGACCGAGAUCUUGUUUGGUUGUAGUGCGGCAGUACCGGGUACUUGCAACCCGAAUAUUUGGCUUCAGUUAACUCCCAAAACAACCCUCCCUCCACCAUCACCAAGAUGCACCACAACUUCGAGGUAACCGAGGACAAGUCGCCCCCGCAGGGGGGCCCCUUUAGGCGCUUCCUGAGCCAAAACGGUCUCACCAUCAUGACGGUGGGCGGAGUCCUGAUAGGGGGCGCCCUCGGCUUCAUCCUGAAGGCCGUCAAAGCCGACUGGACCGAACGGGAGAUCAUGUACAUCGGUUUCCUCGGCGAGAUCUUCCUGAAGAUGCUCAAGUCCCUCAUCAUCCCAUUGAUCAUUUCCUGUUUGGUUUCAGCUAUUUGCAGCCUGGAUCUCUCUCUAUCCAAGAAGAUCGCUUUUAGGGCCAUCGCCUACUACUCCACCACCACGUUCGCAUCUGUGGUGCUGGGGAUCGUGGUGGUGAUGACCAUACAGCCAGGGGUGGGGAGACACAUUGAACUGGGCACAGAGAAGUCGGCUGUAGCAGAGAGGAACACCACCACUGUAGACACUUUGCUCGAUCUGGUGAGGAAUAUGUUCCCGCCGAACCUCAUUGAGGCCACCAUAUUCCAGCACCGCACCAACCUCACCUUGCCGCAGAACUUGUCGAAGAUCAAAGACCCUAACGAUAUAAUGCAAUGGUCGGUAGGCUCAGAAAUCACUCAGAACACCAACAUCCUCGGGUUGGUGGUCGCUUCGGCUGCCAUCGGGAUCGCAUUGGCGGUCAUGGGCGAAGAAACCCGAGUGAUGGCCGAGUUCUUCAACAACCUGCUCGCGAUGAUGAUGAAAAUCACCUCGUGGGUGAUCAAACUCUCCCCCGUGGGCAUCUUGUUCCUGGUAUGCGCGGAAAUCCUCAAAAUGAAGCAGCUGAGUGAAGUAAUGAGCAGCUUGGGGCUGUACUUCAUCACCGUUCUAGUGGGGUUGGCCAUCCAGGGGUUCGUGGUGUUGCCUAUUCUGUACUUCGCCCUCACCAGACGCAACCCCUUCACCUACAUCAAGUGCCUGGGGGAGGCCAUAGCAACAGCCUUCGGUACCGCCUCCAGUACCGCCACCCUGCCCAUCACCAUCAGAUGUCUGGAGGAGAAACUGGGAAUCGACCCAAGGAUCGCGAGGUUCACCCUGCCCAUAGGCAGCACCAUCAACAUGGACGGCACCGCCCUCUAUGAGGCAGUCGCGGCCAUUUUUAUCGCUCAAGUUAACGGAACCGCUUUAGGGUUCGGGAGGAUCGUGGCGAUCAGCAUCACAGCUACGGCAGCCAGUAUCGGAGCUGCCGGGAUACCGCAAGCUGGAUUGGUGACCAUGGUGAUGGUUCUGGAUACCUUGGGACUCCCCGCGGAGAAUAUCACCAUGAUCAUCGCUGUCGAUUGGUUAUUAGACAGAUUCCGUACAGCCAUAAACGUGAUGGGUGACGCAUUCGGUUCGGGCGUGGUGCACUACAGGAGCCAGAAGGAGCUGCAGAAGAUGAAGUCCAACUUGCACACGCCCCGACCGAGCGUCGACCACGCGAGGGAGCAGGACAACCUGAUGGACGGGGUGCAAAAGGACAACUACCAGGAGCACCACGUGUGAACGCGAUUGUACAAAGUUUAGUACUAUUAAGGAAUUUGUUAUUAUUAUUAUUGGGAAGUGAUUUUUAAUAAAAAUAAUUAUUGAUA